CUGAGGUGUAAAGGGGCACUGCGAGCAGGGGCAGGGCAAUCGGGACGUGCUGAAAAGCACUCCCGCGGGAGAGCAGCGCCCAAAGAAACCCUUCCCGUUCUCUAAAGAUAGCUCCAGAAAUUAAAAAGUGCCUCCGUGUCCCCUCGUACCGCUCCUGCUCGCACAGACUGAACUCCGGAUGAACUGGGUUUCCAGUCUAGGGAGAAUCCUGCAUUUGUCAACUAGUUUGCUUUGGACCCGUAUUUUCGUUACAGAAACCCGUGCCGGACCCGUACCCAGGAGCGGUCAGCCCGUCGAAGCCGCCGGCUCCAUCGUGCCCUGGAGACCCUUCUUUUGGCUGGGGAAUGAGACUUUGAAAGUGCCUGUAGCACUCUUUGCCUUGAACAGAAGACGACUGUGUGAACGGCUGAGACAGAAUAAGGAUGUCCAGAAGAAUUCAAUUGUUCUGCUGCAGGGUGGAGAAGAAACCCAGAGAUACUGUACUGAUACUGGUAUUGUGUUUCGCCAGGAAUCUUACUUUCACUGGACUUUUGGAGUAACUGAAGCUGGCUGCUUUGGAGCAGUAGAUGUUGAUACUGGAAGAUCUAUACUUUUUGUUCCACAACUCCCUGAAAGCUAUGCUGUUUGGAUGGGAAAGAUCCAUCCCCCUGAAUUUUUCAAGAACAAAUAUGCUGUGGAUGAAGCCCACUAUGUGACUGAGAUAUCCAGUGUAUUGGCUUCGAAGAAACCUGCGGUACUUCUCACUUUGCGUGGUGUUAAUACUGAUAGUGGAAAUGUCUCCAAAGAAGCUUCCUUUGAGGGGAUCAGCCAAUUUAAUGUGAACAACACAAUUCUUCAUCCUGAAAUUGCAGAAUGUCGUGUCAUUAAGACAGACAUGGAGUUGGAAGUUCUGCGCUACACCAAUAAAAUCUCCAGUGAAGCUCAUAAAGAGGUAAUGAAGGCUGUAAAAGUAGGAAUGAAAGAAUACGAGCUGGAGAGCCUGUUCCAGCACUACUGCUACACUCGAGGUGGCAUGCGCCACACCUCCUACACUUGCAUCUGUGGCAGUGGCGAGAACUCGUCUGUUUUGCACUAUGGCCAUGCUGGAGCCCCCAAUGAUAAGACUAUUGAAGAUGGAGAUUUAUGCCUGUUUGAUAUGGGAGGAGAAUAUUACUGCUAUGGCUCUGACAUCACCUGCACCUUCCCUGCCAAUGGCAAGUUCACAGCAGAGCAGAGGGCUGUCUAUGAGGCAGUGCUGAAGGCAUCACGGGCAGUCAUGGAGGCAGUCAAGCCAGGGGUGGCCUGGCCUGAUAUGCACCGUCUGGCUGACAGAGUCCAUCUGGAGGAGCUGACUAGAAUUGGCAUUCUGAAAGGCAAUGUGGAUGACAUGGUGAAGGUUCAUCUGGGUGCAAUAUUUAUGCCACACGGACUUGGACAUCUACUUGGAAUCGACGUGCAUGAUGUUGGAGGCUACCCAGAGGGCGUGCGGCGCGCGGAGGAGCCGGGGCUGCGCAGCCUGCGCACGGCGCGCCGCCUGCAGCCGGGCAUGGUGCUCACCAUCGAGCCGGGCAUCUACUUCAUCCAGCACCUGCUGCAGCAGGCCCUGCACGACCCUGCCCAGGCCUGCUUCAUCAACAGCGACCUCCUGCAGCGCUUCAGGGCCGUCGGUGGGGUGCGGAUUGAGGACGACAUCGUGGUGACAGCCACGGGCAUGGAGCUGCUCACGUGUGUGCCACGGACUGUGGAAGAAAUAGAGGCUUUCAUGGCAGAAGGCCAGAGCAGUGCCAAGUCAUUUGACUGCCUCUCCAGCCAAAAGAAGUAAACUUGAGGAUGAUGCUUACUGCCUCAACAAAUCAGUCAUCAUUCUGAUUUAAUGCUGCAGUAUAUUAAAUAAAAUGCAUCCAACUGUUAAUAGCAAGAGAGGCAGGCAGGCUACGAGCUGGAAAAGUUCAUGCAUUAAAAAUGAAGGUAGAAGGCCCAGGUAACUCAACUGCUGCUUGCAGUCAGCAGUUUAUGGGACCAAGUGGCAGCCAAAUACCCCCGCUGCCUUAUCAAUGGUUCUUACACUUCUGUCAGAUCUCAGCUCAGAUUGUAUCUUGCAAUUAAAUCUGAAUUUUGAUGAUUCGGACUCUAAAACACCACAAAUGGAUUAUCUGAAAGCUAUGAGCAAUUGUAAACACUUAAGUCCUUUUUUAAACUCCAUCACAAGUGCUGUGAAAAACAGAAAUAAAAAUCAGUUGUUCUCAGCGGACAUAAUGACAUAUUUUUCUUAUGGAUCUGUAUCUAUGUACUAAGCAGAAUCAAAUUUUUAUUAAAAUUCACCUUGGCAUCA